AUGCGACGAAGGAUGGCGGAAAGCGAUAUAGAAACAGCAGGUUCCCGAAAGCGCAAACGUAAGGAAAAAAAGCGAAAGUGGAGGUGGACUUUGGGGGACGGAGAAGAUAGUGGUGCGCAAACAACUCCAACCACUGCCAUGGAAAGAACACCAAUCACAUCAAUAUGGAGGGGUGCGGAAACUACCAACACGGAUUCAAUAAUGACCGGAAAUAGAAAUGAAAACGGUAAUGGAAAUGGGAGUUCGGAAAAUGCUAUUUCGGGAAGCGAAAAUGAAGUUCCGUCGGAUGAAGCGAUCAAUAUUGAUCGGUAUCCGAGCUUUGGAAACGUUGGUGAGGCAAAGGAAGCAACAGAUGAUCGUGAUAGGCGAGGACAUUCGGUAGAUCUUUACAUUCUCUAA